CUCGUACGCGCCUGGCUAGCAGGGGACGCUCCCAUUUUUCUACUCCUGUGGAGGAGAAAAAGCAAGACGGCAAAAUGUGAAAAUUAGACGCUCAGUUGUAAAGAGACACUCUAAGGCAGCGCCAGGACUUUAGAGAACCUAUCUCCUCGUGGGCCUCCCCUGCGCAAAAACAGCAGUUUUUAUGGCAUAAUAUCUAAACUACGUCUUUGCAUUACAGACAUCACAGGCCCUGCAAAGAGGGUAGAAGAAGGUGCAGAAAGAGCAAGGAAAUUAGAGACGCUGCAAGGCCCAGGUCCAGCCUGGCGCCCCUCCCGCGCAGCUCAUCUUGCAGAUCUGUGGCCUCUGCUCCGCUCCCUAAACCCAUGGCCGACCAACAACUUCGGUUGGGUGCGUCUGGGCUCUGAAACCUGCAUCCACAGCCAAGGCCACCUAAGGUCGCACCCUCCCACCCCAAAAUUAAUCUCAGACCUCAAAUCUUCCCAGAUCUCCCUGUUCUUGGGUACCAGGUGGGGGUCCCACAUCCCCCUAAACCUCCUGAUUACAUUCCUGUAGCUCCACUCCCAGAUAGGAUCUUUGUAUCUAUUCAUUCCUUCUACGUAGGUUGAUACUGAGAUAUAGAGAUGAGUCUUAUUUUUUUGUGUUUAUGUUUUGCCUCAAUCCACUUGCCUGGAAUAGGGCUGACCUUUAGUACCAAGUACUAUGGCAGCUCACAAGUACUUGCUGAACGAAUAUUAAAUGAAUGGGUCAGAUCCCAGCCUUAUCUCAGAGUGUUGGGGGAGACAGAUCCAGAAACAGAGCUGAGGGAAGGAUCAAGGUUGUGAUUAAGGGAGCUACAAAGGGCCUCUGAGGAAGGAGGAAGAGAAGGACUCUGAGGGCGAGGGGUUUCCUAGGAGUAGUAUCUGAGUUAGACUUUGAAAGAUCAUGAAGAUUGGGCAAGUAAUAUUACACAGGUAAUAUAGCAUAUCAAGGCAUGGGGAAUACACUGGCAUAGCUUGAUUUUAAAGUCUGAGGGGAGGGGCCGGCCUGGUGGCGCAGCGGUUAAGUGCGCGAGCUCCACUUCCACGGCCCAGGGUUCACAGGUUCGGAUUCCUGGCGGGCACCAAGGCACCGCUUGUCAAGCCAUGCUGUGGCGGUGUCCCGUAUAAAGUAGAGGAAGAUGGGCAUGGAUGUUAGCUCAGGGCCAAUCUAACUCAGUAAAAAAAGGGGAGGAUUGGCAUCAGAUAUUAGCUGAGGGCUGAUCUUCCCCACCAAAAAGAAAAAAAAAAGAGUCCGAGGGGAGAAGUGUAGAUAGAUAAGUCGCAGACUGAGAGAAGCAGUUCCUGAAGCAAAGCUUGCAGGAAACGCUUCGAGGCAUUCGUUCACCAAGCACUGUUUCAAGUUAUAUGUAUUGGCUCAUUUCAUACUUACAGCAACCAUAUGAAGGAGGUACUAUUACCAACUCCAUUUACAGAUUAGAAAACUGAGGCUCUGAGCAGUUUCACACUUUUCGAAGGUCACCCAGCUCAAAUGUGCCAGUUUGGGCAUUUGAACCUAGGUUAGUCUUGCUCCACAGCCUAGGUCUGAAUGAUGACACUAUGAUGACCAUAUACUGAUUCUCUAGGGAUGAAAUCUGUGACUGCCUGGGGACUGGCUGCACAAGGGGGCUACCAGGGCCCUUUUCCCGCUGGCACCUCGCCUCACCUCACGCUCCAGCCAGAAAGUUUGCCAAUAAAUGUCUAAACCAAUCAGCAUUCAGGAAGGGGGCGGGCCUAGUGGACCUCACAGCCAAUUGGUGGAUGGGAGGUGACUAAGGACAAAUAAGAGAGGUUUCCGACAGUGAGGCUGGGAGGGGCGGGGCUAUAACCGGCACUUUGCACGUGGCACGUGCCCCGUGGGCCUUCUGAGAGGAAGUCAAAGGGCGUGGGAGGGGCACGCGCAUACGCGUGGUGCGCAGGAGGCCCUGCGUGAGGCCUGGAAGAGCGCCAGGAUCGUCGUGUUCUGGGUGCACCGCGGGAAAGAAGCCAUUCUGCCCCACAGCCACGUGGGGUUGGCGAGUGGCGGGGUUCGUUGGGGCAGAAGAAGGACACCAUGGACCCCCGGGGGCCAGCCCCCCGGCCUUUCCAGCGGCUUGAGAAACCUGGUCGUGUUCAACGCAGGAAGACCAGGCGGGAGCGUAACAAGGCCCUGGUGGGCAGCCGCCGGCCAUUCGCCCCUCAGGAUCCUCCCUUGGCCAGUCCGGAUUUACCUGUGGCCCUCCAGGAUCCUGUGGCCCCUAAUGCCCACAGGCUCGUGGUCAUAACCCGGGGCCGGCUGAGCCGGGAGCACCGGGGUCUCUUCAACCAUGAGGUGAAAUCUCUGGACGUGGCACGGCUGCUUAGCAGUGGGUCCCUGGAGCCCGGCACCCCUGUACUCCCCAUUAAGCCCUCCCCAAACCCAGGCAGGGCCCAAGAACCAGUCCCACAGUCAAGGGGCAAGGAGAACCAGGUGCCUGGAGGCUCGGGCCCAGGCCCACCUAGUCCCCCAGAGCUCCCUGCCUUGGGGCAGCUGCUGGAGGAGCUGCAGUGCCAGCUGAUUCUACCACAGGCCUUCCCCAGGAGGAACCUAGUGCAAGAGACCAGGGAUGCCAUCGUGGGCACCUUACAGGCUUGCCAUGGCUGUGUGCCCGACCUUACCCUGGUGCUCCGGGGCGGCCAGCCACCCUUGCCAGGGACCAAGCCUGGGGGCCCUGAGAGACAAAGAAUGACACCCUCCUGGAUCAACAACCCUGAGCAGGCCCCAGCGGAGGGGAGGCAGAGGAGGCGACAGGGGACAAAGGAGCUCACCUUCGCCAUGCCUCAUACCUCCAGCACUCCCACUAUGCACAGAGUGAGCCUGGCGCCGCCAAAAGGUCCCUGGCCACCCUCGUUGCCCUCAUUGCCUUCACCAUCUGCGGCGGCCUGGGGCCCCCCAACAGCCUUUGACCUGCUGAAAAGCAUCUGGCUGGUAGCCACACCGCCCCUUCCCCGGCCCAGGGGGGUUGGCCUACCACAACCCCUGCCUCAGCCACCAUCACCCUUGUUGCCCCGAACCUCUUCCCUGGACUGGAGCCCCAGCUCCCCUGCCCCACUGCCCAGCCUCUCCUGGGUGGUGGCCCAGAGCAGCCCAGAGGCCUGGUCCUUUCCACCCAUGAGACUGUACUGAGGGGUCUGAGGCUGGGCUGGGGGCAGGAAUCCCACACUCCUAAUCACCUCAAUAAAGUACCUUCUUCA